AUGUUCGAAAGGCUCUCCUUUAUACAAUCUACUACCAAUAUCCUGUCACUCGUGAGUCCGCAGCUAGAGUACACUGAGGCACAAAAUAACUACUGGUCUACAAGUUGCGGUGCUUUGAAGCCAGCAUGCAUCCUGGUUCCUUCCUCGAUCGAUGAGCUGUCGACCGUCGUCAAGGUCUUGAACAGCAAUAAUGAGACUUUUGCGAUCAAAUCUGGCGGCCAUAAUCCCAACAAUGACUUCGCCAGCGUCGAAGGUGGGCCGCUCAUCUUGAUGAGUGGCUUCAAAGAAGUCACGUACGACCAGGCCAGCAACACUGUCAGAAUCGGACCGGGACAGAGAUGGGAGGACGUGAUGGGCGCCCUCGAUGGCACAGGUGUCACUGUUGUUGGUGGCCGUAUUGGAGGUCUCAGCUUUCUCAGCACACAAUACGGAUGGGCGGUGAACAACAUUCUUGAAGUGAACCUGGUGCUCCCAAAUGGAACAAUCACCACCGCCUCUAAUACUUCGAACCCAGAAAUCCUCGCCGCAUUGAAAGGUGGAGGCAGCAAUUUUGGUAUCGUGGCGUCUUAUGUUCUACAAGCGUAUCCCAUUGGACAGGUAUGGGGCGGGAAUCUUAUCUUCUCUGAUGGUCAACACACGGAUCACAUAUUGUCGGCGGUCCGUAACUUCACAGAGAACUACGACGAUCCCAAGGCCGGAAUCAUUGUCACUUCUGAAUUGACCCUGUCCAACCUGGCCAACAUAUGGGUUCUCUUCCUCUUUUACGAUGGACCAGAGCCCCCGGCAGGCGUGUUCGACGAAUUCCUCAAUCUCAACGCGUCGAUCAACUCAUGCAAGACCAGGACAUACGCCGACUUCCUGAGCGCCAAUAAUUGGGCUGUGCUACACGGCAGUGUGUAUACGAUCGCCACCGAGACGACGCCUCUGCCGCCUGCAGGCAGAGAGGAUAUGAUGAAAACCUACUACGACCACUGGUACAACACAUCUGCAGCCGCAUCGAGCGUGACAGGCCUGAUUGCUUCGAUAGCCUUCCAGCCGAUGCCCAAGUCGCUCACAGCCAUUGCCAAGAAUAAAGGUGGCGACCUCAUGGCGUUGGACGAUGCCGCUGAUAGAAUUAUUUUCGAAUUCGAUUACUCAUACUGGCUCCCUCUAGACAACGCCAAAGUCGACCAGACUAUGGUGUCGUUAUAUUCGGGUAUGAAGGACAUCGUAGACGGAUUCGUGGCGGAUGGUUCCCUUCCUGAUGUCUACCGGCCGCUGUUCAUGAAUGAUGCCUAUUUCAGGCAAGACUAUUGGGGACGGCUGAACCCCUCGACGAAGGAAUUUGCCGAGCGCAUAAGGUCAAGUGUGGAUCCUAACGGUCUGUUUCAGACCAGAACAGGAGGAUUCAAAAUGUAA